CGUGCAUGAACGGAAGAACAUUCACCACUGCGUCCCCAACUAUACAGCCCUUGCGCGGGCUCUGCUCAUGUCACAGCCUUUCUAAUGUGGAGCUAGCGUCCAUAUGUUCAGUCGACUGAAUCAAUUGGCCCGGCACCUCUCGCGACCACUUCCUAAUUACGCGCACCUAUCUGCCGCUUCGCCUUCCUCGGCAGCAUUUGCAAGCACCCAGAGCACAAUGGGAGACAGCAAGAGGUUGAUACAAACGGCGGCUUGUCUGAUCAUAGGAGAUGAGGUGCUGGGCGGCAAGACGGUUGAUACGAACUCGGCGUAUUUUGCCAAAUUUUGCUUCUCCCUCGGCAUAAGCCUCAAGAGAAUAGAGGUCAUCGCGGACGACGAGGACGAAAUCAUAGAGGCGGCGAGGCGCAUGAGUGAAAAGUACGACAUGGUUGUGACAUCGGGAGGCAUUGGCCCCACCCACGACGACAUAACGUACGCCUCCAUAGCGAAGGCCUUUAACCUGCCUUUGAUCCUUCACGAGGAGGCAUUCGCUCGCAUGAAGAAACUGUCGCGUCCCCGCCCCUCACAGCAGAACUUCGACUGGGAGACUCCCUCCGCCGCGUUGACGGCGAAGAAGCGCAUGGUCGAACUACCGAUCGACACGUCAAAGCCCAUCGACGAACAGGUCGUGUUCGUGUCGGACGACCUGUGGGUUCCACUCGCGAUAGUCAACGAGAACGUGCACAUCCUGCCUGGCGUGCCGCGGCUCUUUGAGAAGAUUUUGGACUGCUACAAAGAGAAGAUCAUGCCCAGGCUGGCGGAUCCAGAAGGCAAAGGCGUCUACAGAAUCUUGAUCAGCACGCCGUUGCCCGAGAGUGAAGUAGCCGAGGCGCUCACGACUCUAGCAAGAGAAGUUGAGCCCAAGGGAGUAAAAGUAGGGAGCUAUCCGAGGUGGGGCAAAAGUCGUAAUACAGUUACGCUGGUGGGGAGAGACAGAGAGUACAUGGACAGUCUUGUAGAGAGAGUUGAAAAGGAUGUCAAGGGACGGCGAAUCAUGGUGGAAGGUGAAGACGACGAUGCAGGAAGUGAUAAAGACGCGUAAAAUGACUGCCAGUCUCUUAAUUCCAACAGUCAAAAGACCUUCUCAUGUCAUUUGUUUGCUUGUUUUUACUUUCAGUAGCGUUCUUGGUUAUAAAACAUAGAGCAAGAGGCUGUUGAGUAAUUUUCUAUUUACGCCAUGAUUUGGGUAUUACAGGCAGCGUGAGGAUCCAUUGCUACUUUCAGUAUCAGCAUUAUUCUGAUUUUAUUCCUCCCCCC